AUGAAGGCUAAGACGCGACGCUGGCCACCUAUGCUGAUACUUACCACCGCGUCACUAUUGCUGGCGUGCCUAUUCUGCGGCUUGCAGUUCAUCGAGUACGAAUAUGCGGAUUUUGACAGCAGAGCAGAGCAGACGCAAUUUCACACGCAGGUAUUUCCCGCCGCUGUGGUGCGUGUGCGCGUUUCUGAUGCAUUAGCGGUGCGUGAGUUCAUUGCUGCAGCGUCAAAUAGCGCACCGGCGCACCCUUGGGAGUUUUAUCAAUACAAUGUGCGACGCAGCAAUGCAAUUGGCGCCUUUCGCGCCUUACCCGACACACGUGACACCAGUUGCACCACACGCCGAUACCACCUGACUGCUGCUCAGCUCGUGCGCUCACGCGUCUCCAUAAUCAUUGCCUUUCAUAACGAAGCGCGCUCCGCCCUCAUACGUACCAUUAUGACGCUGUAUCUGCGCACACCACCCCGCCAUCUAUACGAGCUGAUACUGAUCGAUGACUGCAGUGAAGAUAGUGCGUAUACGCCCUGGCAGCGCAUGUACAUAAAUGCCAAUUUUAUUUUCUUUUCCAUUUUUCGUUCCAUAGUUGAAUUGUUGCCUGCACUGCUUCGCCUCCAGCUGCCACCAUUUAUGCGCGAUUUUUCAUCCUCAGCGACCGCGAAAUCUUCUCGCACGCACACCAGGUCAGCGCCGUCUGCCGCCUCACCGCAAGUUACAAUUAAAACAGCGCGUAAUAAGCAGCGCUCGGGUGUGAUUGCAUCACGUAUUCGUGGCGCCCGUCUUGCCACCGGCGACUAUUUACUCUUUCUCGACAGUCAUUGUGAGGUUAAUAUUGGUUGGCUGGAGCCACUGCUGGAGCGCGCGGCUGAGGCCGCCGGCGAUGGCGUGAUUGCCGUCAGUCCCGUGCUGGACGGCAUUGAUACCGAGUCAUUGGCGUAUACGGCGAGUUCCAACCAUCUCAUGGGUGGUUUCGAUUGGAAUUUACAUUUUCAUUGGAUACGGCGACCACAAUCAACACAAUCACUGCAACAACAACAGCGACAACAACAUUUCGCUCAAAAUGUCAACGCAAAAACCGCAUAUUUACGAGAUUCUGGUCGGGAGGACAAGCUAUUUGGUGAAGCGCGAAUGCGACGCAACACAAAUACCGCCGCAAUGGCAUUCAAAAGCCCAACUGUUGCCGGAGGAAUUUUCAUGAUCACUCGUGAUUGGUUUUUUAAAUUGAAUGGUUUCAAUCCAUUGCUGGAGACUUGGGGUGGCGAGUCCAUUGAAUUCUCCAUUAAAUUGUGGCUUUGUGGCGGUCAAAUCGAGAUUGUGCCAUGCAGCCGAGUCGGACAUAUUUUUCGCAAAGAGCAUCCAUUUCGUUUUCCCAAUGGCAGUGAUAGUCAGACAACGUAUCUAAGGAAUUCAAAAAUCAUCGCCGAGUCUUGGCUGGACGCUUACAAAUACUUUUUCUACGCUUCCAAGCCGGCAGCCAAGCAUAUCUCCGUUAACCAGACCGACAUACAGCUCAGCUAUCAACUAAAAAGUGCACUCAAUUGCCGGCCAUUCUCCUGGUAUUUGCUGCAUGUUUUCCCACAACUCAAGUGCGUAAGCCAAAUCCUUCUCUCAACACGUCACACUUUAGUACAGAUAUGUAUGUAUGUAUAUUCGCACAAGCAACACUGUGUUUUCAUUUGUUUCAGUAAGCAUUGCUCAUCACCAUUUUCUUCCAUCAAAACUCGUCAGUAAUCUGCUU